CCACUCGCACAUUAGCUGUAUUUUCCAAAUAUUCCGUAGGGUAUUUAAAGCCUUGGGAUCUCCUCUGAUUCCAAUGUUCUCUUCAUAAAAAUCGAGCAUUCAAAGGGGGACAUACCGAGACUGCGAGUGAGAGAUGGUGAGAUCAAUAGAUAACUACAAUGAUGAUCAUCAAGAAGGGUGGGAAACAGAAGCCCUUGAUAAUGGUGAUCAGCAAUCGACGGAUAAAGUAUUGGUGGAGGCAGCUUUCAAAGGGACGCCGGUUCCGCCAUGGAACAAGCAGAUAACAGUGAGGGCCGUGGUGACUAGCCUUGUUUUGAGCUUGGUAUUCAACUUCAUUGUCUGCAAGCUUAAUCUAACCACCGGUGUUAUACCGUCUCUCAACGUCGCCGCUGGUUUGUUGGGAUUCGCCGUCGUCAAAACUUGGACCACCGUUCUCGAGAAGCUUGGACUCUUGAAACAACCUUUCACGAGGCAAGAGAAUACCGUCAUCCAAACAUGUGUCGUCGCCUCAUCGGGCAUUGCCUUCAGCAGUGGCACUGCAAGUUACUUGUUGGGGAUGAGCCCGCUUGUAGCAGGUCAAGGAGACAGUGGGAAUACGCCAGAAAAUGUAAAGAGACUAUCACUUGGGUGGAUGAUAGGGUUUCUCUUUAUCGUCAGCUUUGUUGGCUUGUUUUCUAUUGUGACCCUCAGAAAGAUAAUGAUCUUGAAAUAUAAGUUAACAUAUCCUAGCGGGACAGCGACUGCAUACCUCAUCAACAGUUUUCACACACCCAAAGGUGCCAAGUUGGCCAAGAAACAAGUUGCUGUUCUCUUCAAAAGCUUUGCCGUCAGCUUUGUAUGGGCGUUUUUCCAAUGGUUUUACACUGCUGUUGAUGGCUGCGGGUUUUCGAACUUCCCCACCUUCGGUCUCCAAGCAUACGACAAGAAGUUCUACUUUGAUUUCUCAUCAACAUAUAUUGGUGUGGGGAUGAUUUGCCCUUACAUGGUGAAUGUGUCUAUGCUUUUGGGAGCCAUCUUUUCAUGGGGAAUCUUGUGGCCAAUUAUUGAGGGCAAGAAAGGUGUGUGGUAUAGGGCUGAGCUUAGUCCAACCAGUCUCCAUGGCUUGCAAGGAUACAAAGUUUUUAUUGCUAUUUCCAUGAUGCUUGGUGAUGGGCUAUAUCAUGUUCUCUUCAUGCUAAUCAAGACCAUACACAGCCUCAUAGUUAAAAACUCCGGUAAGAAGGACUCGUCUGUUGUUGCCCCCGGUGCUUCGGCUCUUGAUUCAGAGACUGCAGAUUACGAUGAAAUUAGACGAACUGAGUUCUUCAUGAAAGAUCAGAUUCCGAAUAAGGUAGCCUUGUCGGGCUAUGUUGUCCUGGCGAUCAUAUCCGUCAUUGUUGUUCCUUUCAUCUUCCACCAACUAAAGUGGUACCACAUUCUCGUUGCUUAUGCCAUUGCACCCAUAUUGGCUUUUUGCAACGCCUACGGUUGCGGUCUCACCGACUGGUCUCUAGCCUCCAACUACGGGAAAUUAGCCAUCAUCAUUUUCAGCUCGUGGGUUGGACUCAAUAACGGUGGUGUCGUUGCUGGUCUAGCAUCUUGCGGUGUGAUGAUGAGCAUCGUUUCCACAGCCUCCGAUCUCAUGCAGGACUUCAAAACGGGAUACCUCACUCUGUCAUCUCCCCGCUCCAUGUUUUUCGCCCAAGUAAUAGGGACCGCCAUUGGCUGCAUCAUGUCACCAUUGGUCUUUUGGUUCUUCUACAAGGCUUACCCUAUAGGUGACCCCAAUGGCACGUACCCUGCACCCUACGGUCUCUUAUACCGCGGAAUCGCACUUCUCGGCGUCGAAGGCAUCUCUUCACUCCCCAAAAACUGCCUCAACCUUGUCAUCGUGUUCUUCCUCAUUGCAUUCGCCAUAAACUUGAUUAAAGAGCUGUUGCAGCGAUACGAGACGAAGUUAGGGCUUCAUCGGUUCGUCCCUAGUCCAAUGUGCAUGGCCAUCCCAUUUUACCUAGGUGGAUUCUUUGGAAUUGACAUGUGUGUAGGGAGUUUGAUUCUCUUCUUGUGGGAGAGGAGGAACAAGCAGCAGGCCACUGACUUUGCACCAGCCGUGGCAUCGGGACUCAUCUGCGGUGACUCGUUGUGGGGUGUACCGGCAGCUAUUCUUUCCCUUCUUAAUGUCAACCCUCCUCUUUGCAUGAAGUUUCUCUCGGCCGCCGUAAAUGCCAAGGUCGACAGCUUCUUGGAAGGAAACUAAGUUCCCAUAUUUUCUAAUAUAUUGCUAUGAUCCACACAAAUUAAUGUAAUGUACAUUUGGCAGUAGCUAUAUUCUAGCAGGUCAGGAUUUUUUAGGAUUUUAUCAUAAGGUUCGUAAAACAUACACUUUGAAAAUUUGGAUUUUGAGGUUGUGGGCAUGGGUUUUUCUUUUUCUUUUUUUGGUUGGGGAUUUAUAGCUUGUGCUUAUUAUUUUAAGUAUAUGGUUAAUAUAUGGUUUAUCUUCUUCCGAUUGUUGAA